CUCUACGUCGCCGAUUCUCUGCUUCCGAUAGUGAAAUUGAAUUCUUUUCUUUCAUAAAUUGAUAAUCUUGCAACAUCAUGGAUACAGCCAUUGAUCUUUCCGAUGCCUCCAAGGCGUUGGAUCUUGCCAACAUCCGUUUCCAGCUAAUCCGACUUGAAGACACUAUCACUUUCCAUUUGAUCGAACGAGUCCAGUUUCCCCUCAACAAGCCCGUCUACACUCCCGGCGGUGUCUCAAUCCCCGAAACUGAUAUCAGCCUCUUGGACUACCUGCUUCGCGAGCAAGAACGCAUUCAGUCCCGCGUCCGUCGCUACCAGUCGCCCGAUGAAUACCCUUUCUUCCCCGAGGUUCUGGAAGAGCCGAUCCUGGCGCCCCUGCAAUACCCCAGAAUCUUGCACGACAAUGACGUGAACGUCAACAGCAUCAUCAAGCAACGCUACAUUGAGAACAUUCUUCCCGCCGUCUGCGCUCAGUUCGGCCGUGAAGACCGCGGCGAAACUCAGGAAAACUAUGGCUCCUCGGCUACCUGCGACGUCAGCUGUCUACAGGCCCUCUCGCGUCGCAUCCAUUUCGGCAAGUUUGUCGCCGAGUCCAAGUUCCAAAAGGAACCCGAGCGCUUCGUCAAAUUGAUCAAGGCCAAUGACCGCGAGGGUAUUGAUGCUGCUAUCACCGAUGCGAAGGUCGAACAGAAGGUUCUCGAGCGCCUGGCGUUGAAGGCUAAGACAUACGGCACCGAUCCCGCCUUUCCCACGGAGAGCGGACCCAAAAUCAAUGUAGAGGCGGUGGUUGCGAUGUACAAGGAAUAUGUCAUUCCCCUUACCAAGGUCGUCGAGGUCGAUUACCUGAUGCAGCGCCUGAAGGGCACGCAAUGGGAGUGAAAAGACACGGGUGAUUACUUGUUUCUCACCUACGAACAGAUUUCUUAGAUACUAUUAUGAUACCAUUAAAAUGUGCGAU